AUGAAGAUUGUUAUGUAUUUUUUGAUCCUAUGUUGCGCAUUCUCACUCAAUUUGGGCGCUGCAAAAAGGUUUGAGUAUGAUGGAAGUGAGUACCUUGACAUUAUUAUUUGCUAUAACUAUAGUUUUUUUUCUCUAAUCUUUUUUUCUAGAUUACCCUUACAUCGAUUCCUGGUUUACUGCCGUAAAUCCAAUCAAAUUCUUCAAAAUAAAACUGGAAAUUGAAUAUGUUUUUAGCUUUUAUUUUGGCAAAGAAUGCGCAGCAAAUUGCACAAACUCCCCGAUAAGUCCGACAUACGAUAACGAGUAGGUUUAUAAAAAAAGUCAUCAUCUCGAUAUCGCUUUUACAGCAUCUACAACGCCGUACGCACAAAGAACGCUUCAAUAGUCUACAAAUAUCAGGCGUAUACGGGCGACCAAUAUCAAGGGUAUUUGGAGACCGACCUUACAAGUCCGGAUGGGAAUGCUACGUUUGAUGUCAUAACGAAAGCCUACGGUCCUGCGCCGCUCGAUGCUCCAGGAGUUUUGGGAUUGUUUGUGGCUGGAAAUAGGGAUUUUACGAUGAGGAAAAUAUUCAGCGAGAUGGGAAGAACCAAGCAAAUCAUCUUCAGAAGAGGUCCAUUUGUGCAGUAUUUGGUAAGCCUACCAGAAACAAAAGGUGUUUACAAGGUGUUCCAUCUUUGAAAAUUCAAAAUUUCAAAAGUUACGGCAAAAAUCUAGUCAAAAAUUCUAAAGCCCAUAGAAAAAUGAAAAAUUCGAAAAUUUAAAAGGGUCAAAAGGCUUUCAAUUUGAGCAUCUACAGAACAGAUUCCUUCCGUUCACACCGCGGUGAGCGGUUGGGUUUCCUGCCGACGAUGCCGUUGCUGGCAACAACCCCUCCGGAGGAUGGCAGAAGCUCAACCCGUGGCAGGACCUUCUUGAGGAUUGGCACACUGGAGAACCGACGUGACAUCCCCAUCUUGGCCCCGAAUCAUGGCCCGUUUCUCUACUUUUGAUAGAUGAUCAUCGGAAAUAAAUUGAAUUGAAUUGAACAGAACAGUGAAAGAAGAUACUAAUUUUUUUGGCUGCAAUUUUUUACUGUAUUUUACUGAAAAGGUAUAUCAUAUUUUGUAUUAAACAAAAUGGGAGAUCCUGAGGAUUCAGGAAAAAAAGAGUCUUAAAAUUUGGCUGGAAAUUAAAGAAGUUAUAGCCAGUUCAAAUCGGGCCACAAAGAUGGAACACCCUGUAGAAAAGUCCUUGUUUUAACAGUUCAAACCGUAUCCCGCAUUUUCCCUUGUCUAUAGCAUCAUCCUGCAAAAAAAUUGUUGGCUUUCUGCAGCUGCUUCCUACAUAUUUUUAGCCAACCAGUGUGCGCGUGAAUCCCAAAGGUGUUUUCAGUACGGGCGCGGAAAGUUUAGACGGCUGCGGCAGCUUCACUUAUUUCCCAACGAUUCGAAAUCAAGGAUGGAAGAUCAAGGCAGGGUGAGAAAUUGCGCAACAGUUUUUACAACCUUUUAUUGAAUUGUCAUCAAAUUUAAUUUUAGUAUAAAACUUGCCGAUGAGGUGUUCGACAAUCGAACGGUUGAAUUCUCACUCGAUUCCCUAACCACGGUCCCAAAAGAAGUCUACAAAAAGUACUUCAAGAAUGUCAAAGUCGUUGAUGACCUCCCAAAUUUGGCAUUGAUUACUGGCAACGGAGAAUUUCCGAUCAAUUCCACCAACUUCGCGCAGUACAAAAACAAGUAUCGCGACGAGCUUUCCGCCUACGCUCAAUCUCAAAAAUUUGAAAUCUCCAAUUUCAUUUUGGGGGACAAUUUCCUCAGCGAUUACUGUAUUGCGCUGAGGGCUACUAAUGCAGAAAUUUCUGAAUUUGAGAUCGGAUUGGCGUCAGCUACAGAGAUUGAGCGGGAUCCGAAAUGGGAAAAGAAUAUACCUCCGGGAAGAGAUGACGAAGGUGGAGAUGGAGAUGGAGGAAAAGGUGGUGAUUCAGCGAGCACUGCGGUUUUGAAUAUUAUGUUAGUUGUUGUCUUGUACUUGGGAGUUGCGACAUAA